CAUCGCUCAGCUCCCAUGUGGAAACAGAGCCCGCUGAGCAACCAUUGCUGGUGUGCUGUCAUCUGCAUUGUGCCAGUUCUUAAUGCUUCUUUGGCAAUGGUUUCCCGCUUCUUGUGGCAUGACCCUGACCACAUGUUCUGUAUCUCGGAUAUUCCCAUGGCAUCCUGGGUGUUAGGAAUCCUCUGGCUGAUCCCGCUGGUCUUUAUCAACGAGGGCAUCAAACUGCAUGAGAUCAGGAUGAGGGUGAGAUACCAGAAACGACAGAAGCUUCAAUUUGACACCAAACUCGGCAUGAACUCCCCUUUUUGAUACGUCUGUCAAAAACAAGUCACAAAAAUACAUACGCACCCUUUCAUAUUGACACCAGAAUUAAAUAAAAUACAGAUUCAGUAUUAACAGUGUUGACCUUUAGGUGGCAGUACUGCAAUGAGAACAACAUUAGCAUCCUCUAAAAAAACACACUCU